AGGGGGCAGUAUGGGCUUUGUAGGUCACAUGGUGCGGCAGAAGAAGUCUCAGCGCUCAGUACACCGGAGCUCCCACCUCCUCCCUCAUUCGACUUGCAGCCCGUUCAGCAUACAAUCGUCUCUGCGACUUAAACGAUGUCGGACGAAGGCAAAUUGUUCAUCGGAGGACUGAGCUUUGAGACCAACGAGGAGUCUCUGGCCGCGGCUUUCGGCAAAUAUGGAACCAUCGAAAAAGUGGAUGUGAUCAGAGACAAAGAGACAGGGAAGUCUCGCGGUUUCGGCUUUGUGAAAUUCGAUAAUGCAGAAGAUGCUAAAGAUGCACUUGAAGGCAUGAACGGCAAGACUCUGGAUGGACGCUAUAUUCGCGUGGAUGAAGCCGGAAAAGGUAGCCGCAACAGAGGAGCAGGUUUCCAUUCUGGCCCGAGAGGACAGCGAAGUGGAUUCGGCGGGCGUGGGAGAGGUGGACGAGGUUACUCCAGAGGAGGUGGAUACAAUGGAGACAGGAGCUAUAGUGACAGGAACUACAACGACAGAGGGUUUAGUGGAGAGGGACGAUUUGGAGGUGGUGGUGGCGGCGGUGGCCAGUACAGGAGUGGCGGAUACCCAAGCUACAGAGACAAUAGGGGUCAGGGGGGAUACAGUGAACGCACUUCCUCCUACCGCGAUGGAUACGACGGCUAUGCUGCAAACGAGUAAACAUCCUGAUUCAAGAUCAUCACUUGGCUGGCUGUAUUUCAAAGAUGCGCUCCUCAAGAAAAAUGUCCACGUGUUAUUGCUGACCCUAGUUUUGUAGUUCUGUUGUGGUAGCUCAAGCAUCUUAAAAAUAUUGUAGCCAUGAGUUUUGGUCAUUCCUUAAGGAACCAUGUUACAAAUUACAGUUCAAAACGCUUACCUUGCUUAAUUGGACAUAUUUUAUUUGACAAAGGUCCUUUUGUUAACUAAAAGGCAUCUGUGUAAUCUGAUUAAUCCUGUAAAGUCCCGAUUAGAGAAAUGAACAAUGGCUCUCCACACAGCCUGCGCUUAACAGCCGCUACCUUCGCUGUAAAUUUUUUGUCCAGCACGUAAAGUCUUUCCUAUUUUCAAUUCCUUUUUUAUAUUGAACUAUCUGUUGGGGCUUUUUUUUUUUUCUCCCUCAGUCUCUGUGGCUGACUUCCUCACGGCAGAUUUUUAAACUGAGAAAGGAGAUCCAUUUGCUCUUAUACUGACUUUUGGUGGAUUUUUGGCUUAAUUCGUUGAACUAUUUAACUUGGUCUAGCUGAGGCUCCUGUAUCUUUCAAUUUCCCAAAAGAGUGAAUUCCUUUCAGACUGGUGAACUACACAUCCGAAGUGGCCGGCUGUUCAUGAAGUUGCAAAUUGCAGCAUGCUACAGUCUGUCCAAGGUAUCUUCUGUGCUCUGCUCAACAUCUGCAUUUUAAAUGUGCUGUACAAUGGACUAAUCUUGUUUUAAGUGAUCGAAAAAUGUAACUUCGUUUCCCCUCAGUAAAAUCUUAACCGGGAACAGUUUUGUACUUUAUGUUCUUUGUAUGAUCAACAAUUUUCUUUUUGUCAGUUUGGCUUCAUGGAGCCUAUUAAACAGACUGUGGAAAAUAACCUUGAUUCUUUUGCCUUUCAAAACUACCGCAUGGGGGAGUUUAGCCGAUUGCUGUAGGCUUAUGUAACUGUAAAUGCUGCGUGAGAAGUCAACAGCUUGAAGCACUGAAUUGGCACAUUUUUAUUUGGAGGGCAAUUUUUUAAUUGGCAGUUUAUUUUAUAUUUCUUAGACAAGAAAUUGUCCUUUACAUUUUUUAAAAGUCCACUUCCAGUCCACACUCUGCCUGCCUGAUCCAAGAUUUCCAAAUUUAAAGAUGGUUUUUGGCCCAGUGCAUCCUUAAAUGUCUAGAGGCCAUCAACUAGGCGACUUUAUCGUUUAAAAUCAAACUUGUAGUGAUGUUUGAAGAAUAAUCUCCUAAAGUGGCAUACGUAACGCAGGGAAUCGUCAGUCUGGGUCUGGUCAUGUUAAUGCUUCAUUACGUUCAAGAGGUCAGCUACUUCAAAAACCUACAAGUCCUUGGAGAGUGAAGUGUUGCGCCUUCCAACAAGUGCUCAUCAGAGAUGAAAGCUGCUCUCUGGUCAGGUCAAAUGUGGAGAAAGUAGGCCAAUGCACGUGAGGUAAAAAAAUCUCCUUUUGCUUUGCUCACAUCCUUCAAACUCAGUUCUCAUUGUUUCCAUGAAUUCCUUCAAGUUAGUCAUAAGUUUCUAGUCCUUUGCUUCAGAUGUCGCCCACAACAUGCCAUGGCCUCUACCCGAUUGGAAAAGUUCAUUGAGAAAAUGUCUCUAAGAAGCUCCUCUGGAUUGUAGUGCUCCACCUCCCGAGUCCACCAAAAGAAAAGCUUUGGCCUCUAAGUCAUGGGUAGUAUUGUGCUCAGUCCACUUGUGUUCACUGCACUAGUCCUCAAAUUUGCUCCUGUAAUGCCCCACAACAGUCCUAAUUGACGUCUAAGGUGUCUAGACUGUAUUCAGUUUCUCUUUGUACCCUUGUAUUUGAAUAAGUGGUGAGUUUCAGAGACAAUAGGGUUGCAUGCAUUUUAUUGUGAUUGUGUUAAAAGUAAAUUGCUGUGCUUAAUACACCUUACUCUUUUUCUUUAGAAUGAACUGGCUGGCAGAAGCUUCAUGAAUCUCCUCACUGAUGACAUAUCCAGCUAUAGAUGGCUGUGACUGAUGCAGUUCCCGUUAACGGGCAAAUGUACCGCAGUGCUGGUGCAUGGAAGGAACCAACCAGGAUCAGGCUGAUUAAAAGUCGGAGGUCUUGGUUGAUGCUAGUUUGCCUGAAAGAAAUUUAUUUCAAAUGUAAUUGCAGCUAGUGGAAGGUCCUAGAGAACAAAUGGGCCAGAUGACAGAGCUUGUCCUGAUACAAGAAGCAGUUGCCUUCAAGCAAUACUAUAUCUGUUCUAAGAAAAACUGGAUUUUUCUGGAUGUUUUGUACUUUCCAAAAUAAAUUGAUGGGUCAAACUUU